GGCUGCCAUGAAGUUUGGACUUGAGACACUGAAUCAGAGAUGUGGAAGGAUAAUAGGAUAACAAAGGAGCGUGGGUGUGACUUUGUGUUGGUAUUGUGCUUAGUUUAAGCAAUGAAGUGGCCUAAAAGAAGCUGGAACACAUAAAGGCACAUAGUUCCUCAAUAAGAAACACAAAAGUACGUGUCGAAAUACAUUGCCGUACGGUUGUUUGUAAGUUUGUGUUAUAGCGUCCGUAGACUAACGUGGUGAUCUUUUAACCGUGGCACAGAAAUUUGCAUCUCGGCAGUAUGAGGUACCUCUUCAGAAGAAGAUACGUCAAAAGAAUUGUCUUGACGACACUGAAGAUAUUUCUAGCAGUAUUGCUUUUUAUAUACAUUGUUGUACCAUUCGUCUUCAGAUAUACAUAUGCUUUACAGAGGACAAUGAUAUUCCUUAAUUUUGUGAGGUGGCCAAGGAAUCCUGACUUCAAUGUGCCAAAGAAGUAUGGUCUUGAUGGGACCAGAAAUUUUUAUGUUAAGACAACAGAGGAUGUUCAGCUUGGAGUAUGGCAUACAUUACCCAAAUCUCUCAUCAAUGAAUCAAAAACUGCUGAUGACGAGUUUUUUGAGAAGUCACUGACACGUGGUGAGCCAAUCAUACUGUACAUGCAUGGAAAUUCUGGGUCUAGAGCAAGUCCACAUCGCGUUGAGCUGUACAAGAUGCUGAGGAACCUUAAUUAUCAUGUUAUUAGUUUUGACUACAGAAGUUAUGCUGAUUCAAGUCCUGUGUCACCAUCGGAGACAGGUGUUGUGUCCGAUGGAAAAUUUAUGUACAGAUGGGUGGAGGAGCAUGCCAAAGGAUCUCCAUUGUUUGUGUGGGGUCAUUCUUUAGGAACAGGAGUAUCAUCACAUGUGUUAGAUCUGUUGGCACAAGAAGGAAAGAGUCCAUCUGGACUUAUCCUGGAAUCUCCUUUCAAUAAUUUGAGAGAUGAAAUAAAGGAACAUCCAUUUGCAAGGCUUUUCAACCAGUUACCAUGGUUUGAUUUCUUUUUCAUUGAUCCAAUAGAGCAAAACGAUCUGUUGUUUGCUUCGGAUAAGCACUUGGUGAAUGUUCAUUGCCCUAUUCUCAUUCUGCAUGCCCAGGAUGAUGUCGUUGUUCCCUUCAUUCUGGGCCAAAGGCUCUACAAAAGUCUUGAACAAACACGGCCCAAAGAUGCUGCUUCUGUUGAAUUUGUGAUAUUUGAAGAUAAGUACCGAUAUGGACACAAGUAUAUUUGUAGAGCUCCUGAAUUGCCUGACAUUAUUCAAAAAUUUCUUGGCAGUAUCUUGAAAAGUUAAAGUAAUUUUUCAAACACAGAGGUGCCUUGUAAGUACUGCAUUCUUAUAUUCUUCGGAGUUUACAUGUGAGGGGCAGUAUUUUAGUGUCAUUUGUUGUUACUACCUACCUUUUUGUGCUGUCAGUUUUUUUGUAAAUAAAAUCAACAAGUUUCUAUAAAAUUCUUUCACUUGAGUAUAUUUUAUCAGAACUUUACAAAAGGUUGAGAUAUUUUAAAUUCAGUGGUUAGUAGUGGAAUUUAUUUGCUACUACUAAUAUUUCAGGCCUAUUAAUUGAAUAAGUAUAAAGUUAUCAGAAACAUUAAAGAAUGUAGACUGUGUAAGGCUCUGCCUACAUGAUCUAUUUAGUUUGUGGUGAGUGUAUUAGUGCUCUUGUAAGACUGUAUUAAGGAGAGAAAAUGAAAUAGAUGUUGCUCAUUUGCUGAUUUUGGACCAGUGGUUAGUUGCGAUAAUUAACUACCAUUUAAACAUUGGUGUGUGUGUCAAAUGAAUGUGGUGUUAAAUUAUGUGGGUGAUUAUUCAGAUAUUUAUCUAGUGAUUAGAUAAUUUAUUGGCCUUAGUUGUAAAGGAGGACAGCUUAAAAUAUUUAUGUAUAUCUGGCAAGUAAUUGAGUAGGUAUCAUGAUGAAAGUAUGCAGACUGUGGUGAAUGGGAAAAUGUCAACCCAAAGCAUUAUGUGUUUUGUAUAAUUAAUGAAACUAUUUUUUGAAAGGAACAAAUGGCCUAUUAUAGGCAUAGCGGACCAAGUUCACUGUAAGCAUGUGUUAGGAAUAAUAAAUUUACUGAAGUAUGGCCAUAUUUUGUCCCCAGUGAAUGAAGUAUUGCACAAGUACUAUUUGGUUAAUGUAGUAGUUUGUGUGCUUAUUUUUCUACACGUUACAUUGCCAGAUUCCAAUAUACAUGUUGUGUGCUUUGAUGGAUUCUGUGCCGUUUGUAACAGAACCAUGUAUUGAUUUUUCAUGUCUUCAUUUGACUGUGAAGUUUCAUGACAUAAAGUUUUGAAGAAUUUAACUUCCAGUUUUAUGUCUGGAUAUAAAUGUGAACAAAUCAUUAUUGUGUAAAUUAAAUGACAUCUGUUAAAAGUUUGGUUGUCUGACAGAAUGUGUUGCAUAUGCAGUUUAGUUGGCUGUUUUCAACAAUUACAGACAAAAAAGUUCAUUUAAUCUGUGGGAAUUUCGCAUUAUAUGCACAUUGCUGUGGCAGCUCCUGCUUAUUUACUUUCAGUGUUCAUAGACAUUAAUUUUUUUAAUGUGAUUUUGUUCUUGCCAUUGCAUUACAGAAUCCCAUGGUAGAUGUGCAUAAAAAAGUGGUUCUACAUGUUUCUUUCAGGUACAUUUGUAAACAUUCCAUUUCAGUAUCAUUGCCUACACGUCUGCUCAAAGUCUUUAGUGUAUUUAUUGCUAUUCAUUGCCUUUGCACUGUUUUGCCAUUACUUGUUUAGAGAAAUUCUGUGUCAUUUGUACAUGAGGCAGGGAUUCGUAUCUGCUGAUUAAUUGUGAAAGUUCUCAUUUUUAAGGUUGAGAAACCUGUUGGGGUCUCUUUAUUUUGGAGUGUUUCUUUGACCUUCAAAAUUUUUAUUGAAGCAUUAUUAUUGUUAUUAGUCAACUACUUAAAUGUAUGUACUUUUGCUGUAUGGUAUUUAAUUUUCUUGAUGUACAGAUAUUUUGUUGAAUGAUGUAUGUCGUCUUUUGUUAUUGCUGUCAUAGCAGUUGAAGAAGUAGUAUACAAGAAUUUCUGCCAAUGUUGCAACAUUUUUCAACUUUACGCUUAGCUAAGAGAGAGGUAUAUAUGUAGAUAUUGUUUUUGCAUUUCUGUGAUAUGAGAAAUAAAUACAAAACAGUGGGUGAAUAGA